AUGGGGAAUUGCUUGUUUGGAGGAAAUGAAGAGAUGAUGGUGAAAGUAGUAACAUCCACGGGUGGAAUCAUGGAAUUCGUUGCUCCCGUUACAGUUGAAUUCAUUGCAGAAGAAUUUCCGGGGCAUGGAAUAUUUAGAAGCCAUGAUCUUUUCUGGAAGCCACUGCCAGCAGCACAAGUACUAUUAGCAGGAGACUCAUAUUAUCUACUGCCGCUCAACAAAGAAGAGAGCAGUAAUAUAGAAAUAGGACAUGUAAGAUCAAGCAGCGUUCCUCAAAUUCAAAAUCUAGUGGUUGCACCCUAUAGAAUGUCUUUCGAUAGCAAAGGAAGGUCACAAGCAUUGUAUCGCUACAACAACAUUCAGAAGAAGAAGGGGAGCCAUUUUUGGAAAGUGAAAUUGGUCAUAACUCCCAAACAACUUUUGGAGAUUUUGUCACAAGAGACUACAACACAAGAGUUGAUUGAGAAUGUCAGAACUGUUGCUAAAUGCGGCAAAACUGGAUUUUCCGAUACCUGGAGUCUUUCUAGUAGUAGAAACACCACUUCUCAUGCUUUAUUUUCCUUAGAGUAA